CUGCCAUUUUCGGAUUCGUUAACGAACCUCCACGACAGAGCUCAUGCUCAUCUUUCCAUUCUACUAGCUUUCGAAAUGCGUACAUUAUACGUCUGGUAUCUUAUUUCUGUGUUUUCUCUUCUUCCAUCGGCGUUCGGGUCUGUACUUGCCAUCGACUAUGGCACGGAUUGGAUCAAGGCGUCGUUGAUGAAGCCAGGGCUGCCGUUCGACGUGUUACUGAACAAGGACUCAAAGAGAAAGAUACAGUCGGUCGUGGCGUGGAAGAAUAACGACAGAUUAUUCAGCACAGAUGCCUUUAAUCUGGCAUCGCGGUUUCCUUCCGAUUCAUUCUCCUCGUUAAAAUUUCUCCAAGCCGUACCAUUCCAGUCUGAUGUAGUUUCCUACUACACAACCAUCUCCUCCGCUGACCUUGUCGAAACGUCGCGCAGGACCGUCGCCCUCCGGCAGAGCGAUGGCACUGAAUGGAGCGUCGAAGAGCUCAUCGCUAUGCAGUUCUCUUACAUCAAAUCUCUGGCUGAAACGCUAGGCGAGGAAAAAGUCUCCGACGUUAUUGUUACCGUCCCGCCCUAUUACACUCAGUUCGAACGUGACGCAGUUGCGGACGCCAUCGAGAUAUCCGGCCUGCGCACCCUUGCCCUCAUCAAUGACGGAACAGCCGUGGCGGUGAAUUACGCCAUGACGCGUACCUUUCCCAAGCAGGAAUACCAUAUCAUCUACGAUGCUGGUGCAUCGUCUGUUCGCGCUACCGUGGUGUCGUUCAGUACGGAUUCAUCAUCGAAGAGCGAUACACCGGCGACCCACAUUGUUGUCGCAGGUGUGGGUUAUGACCGCACAAUUGGUGGUACAGAGUUGGAUCGCCGGCUAAGGGAACUGCUGGUAGAUGAGUUUGUUAACAAACAUAAGAAGGACAUACGCCAGGACAAGCGGGGCAUGGCGAAGCUGUGGAAGGAGGCGAGUCGCGUCAAGGCCAUCCUCAGCGCGAAUACCGAGGCUGUUGCAUCUGUGGAGAGUGUAGCCUUUGAUAUCGACUUCCGGACAAAAGUCACUAGAGCGUCGUUCGAGACUGCUUGUGCGGACUUGAAGGGAAAAUACAUCCAGCCCAUCCACGACGCGUUAGCAAAUGCUGGGCUUAGUCUAAAUGACAUAACGUCUGUUAUAUUGACGGGAGGUAGCACGCGUACGCCCAUGAUCCAGGCUGCCGUGAAAGCCGCUGUCGGGGAUGACAAGAUUGCUCUCAACGUCAAUGCUGAUGAGGCUGCCGUAUUGGGUGCCGGUCUUCAUGGCGCCAGCCUCAGUCGUCAAUUCAAGACGAAGAAUAUCAAGGUCCAGGAUAUUGGCCUCAACGAUAUACAGGCAUCCUAUUUCUCCGCACCGGCAUCUUCCAAUGCCAAACCUCGUAGUAUUUCUACCACUAUCUUCCCUGCCGGGUCCAAGACGGGUUCUAAGAAGACGCUGAACCUGAAGCGGAAGGAAGAUUUCGAUAUAUUCUUGGAUUAUAAGACUCAACUUGUUCCAGGCUUUCCCAAUCGCAUACUGGAGGUAGAGGUGUCGGGCGUUGCUGAUGCUAUUGGUAAUCUUACUGAGCGUGGCGCCAUUGAUCCUGUGGUUAAGGCUACCCUGAUGCUCUCUGAAUCUGGAUUCGUUUCCGUUACCGAAGCAGUGGCUUUUGGGGAAAUAAAGGACGAGUCUAUUGCAGGCAAGCUGAAAGGUCUUUUCGGAGGCGGUAGCUCAUCUUCGUCAUCCGACGAUGAGAAAAAGACAGAGGAUGCCGCAGAUGCUUCCUCUGCGUCUGACGCUGCGCCUUCCGCAUCGGCAUCAUCAGAAGCGAAGGCUGAGAAAGUGGAUCUGAAGGACUUGACGACCAUUCCUUUGAACCUGACUGUGCAUUUCACAUCUAUACCUCCGAUGACUGUUGAAGAGAAGCGGGUGGCUCGUCGAAGAUUAAGAGAACUCGAUAUGGAUGAGGCUGCAAAGAAUCGCAAAGAGGAGGCCAGGAACACACUAGAGAGCUACUUGUACAAGUUACGAGACCUCCUUGAUCCUGAGAACCGCGAUACGCCGUUCAAGGAGUGCUCGCAGGAGUCUGAGCGUGCCGCUAUUGCAGAGAAACUACAGGAGACAAUAACUUGGCUUCACGAUAAGGGUGAUGUCUCCGAAACGUCGCAGUUCUUGGACAAGCGUAUAGCUUUAGAGACCCUCGAGAGACCUAUUAUGCAUCGCUAUACUGAAAUCGCCAACUUCCCUCAAGCGCUAAACAACAGCCAGAUGUGGAACUGGAGCACCCGACUGUUCCUCGCAGAGGCGAGGCAGAACCUCACAAGGGAAGCGGAGGAAGACCUUCCGUCAAAAUGGACUAAGGAAGAACUAGAUGCGCUAGAGAAGACGCUGAAGGAGCAUGAGACGUGGCUGAACACGUGGGUGGAGAAACAAAAAUCGGUCAAACUGAACCAGGAUCCAGUGAUUGAGACGACGGAGAUGAAGGCAAGGGCGAAGAUGCUAGAGCAGCAUUUGCAAAAAUUGUGGAAGAGGAAGGUGUCGAAGCCGAGAAAGACGGUGACGCCGACAGCCGAGAAGGUGGAGGCGACGGUAAAGGAGGAAGUCAAGGAUGAGGAGACAAUACCACGGACGGACGAACAGCAAGCGCCGUUACAGGCGCCGGAAGAGAUACGAGAUGAGUUGUAAUUUGGUAGAUGAUACUUAUAUCCAAUACCACUAUAAUUAGACGUUCUAAUUAUUUCAUAUACAUGAAAGUAAAUGUUUAUGAAUAAAAUAUACGCUGAGGAUUCAG